AUGACAAUACCGACCGAGUCAAUCCCCAGCCCUCCGGAUACUUUUCAAGAAAGUCAGGUCCCCAUCGUCUUUCAGGAAACUCAGGGCUCCGAAUACAUACCGAACAGUCAGGAAUUGGAGUCGCAGGACUUCCCCGAAUCCUUACCUGUACCCGACGGCAGCGAGCUGUACUGCAAAUUUGAUCUGGAUUACUCGAUCUGGGUCAAUAAUUCCGGAAACACCUCUCUUGUCAAUAAUCUUCGACCUGCCAAGCCUCCAUGUCAGCUACGCAUGUCCGUGACCGACAUGUCUUUCAGUGACUUCAAGACCCGUGUGUACAAUCAUCUGGCCGCCACUCCGGAUCAUUCUUUGUUAAAGUCGGAACACCUCGUCAAGGCAUUAACCAAUGCUGACAAGGCCGACCAGUUGCAAUGGUGCUGUAGCAUCAAGAACUGCGAACGUGUGGUAACCGACGACGCUUCUUUCAAAUCGUUUGUGGUUUUUGAACUGAUGAAGUAA